UAACGCAGUUGCAUUUUUUCGUUGGCAGGGACGAAGGUUGGGAUUUAUAUUUGAUCGCCCCCCCAGACAUUACUGUGUACCUGACGCCUCGGACACGGUCCGCGACUUUUCUUCAACUACGACUACAAUUACCCAGAUCCACCAUUUCGCGAAUAUACUGACGACUUCAUCGUCGCCGCGCUUCUCUUCAUCCAUAAUCUCACUUAUCAUUUUCGGUACUAAGCGGCGGCAUUGUCCAAGGUCUUUGUAGGACGCCCAUGCGAUGCACCUACAGCUCAUCCUUGCUGUGACAGCCUCACAUUGUGUACCACUUGACGGUGGACGGCCAACAUAGCCAACCACUACACUUCAAACUCCGAGGCUUCUAGAUUCUCCUCUCUAACCUUCUUAGCAAUCCCUAGUGUCACACUCCGGUAGCGAAAUCAUGGUCUCCACUCCCUCCGCUGGCCAUAAUGGCGGCGUUGGAGGUUCUAAUAGUGCUAAUGCUAGUUCGAGAGCAUCUCCUGCAGUCAGCAAUGUUAACGCCUCUAACCAUACCUCUUCAACAACCAAUGGGACAAAACCCAGGACACAAGUCAAUUCUAACGGAUAUCAUCCCCCGAAUCCUCAAAUACCUCUCAGCUCGAUGCGCAGCGCCCCGUUAGAUCUUAGGUCGGUCGAGCGAAGGGGCCAAGCCACCGCGGGACGAGAACCUCCCAAACGAAAGAGGCUAUUUGACCUUGAAGAAGCUCCUACCUAUCGGCCCACCGAAGACGAAUGGAAAGAUCCUUUCGAGUAUGUCCGCAAAAUAACUCCCGAAGCUUCUAAAUAUGGCAUUUGCAAGGUUAUUCCGCCCGACUCGUGGAAUCCGGACUUCGCAAUCGACACCGAAAAAUUCCAUUUUAGGACGCGAAAACAAGAAUUGAAUUCUGUGGAAGGCAGUACACGGGCGAAUCUGAGUUACAUGGAUGCCCUCAACAAGUUUCACAAGCAACAAGGAACGAACCUCAACCGAUGGCCUUUCGUCGAUAAGAAGCCUCUUGACCUAUACCGAUUAAAGAAAGCCGUCGAGUCUCGUGGCGGGUUCGAAAAGGUCUGUAAGACAAAGAAAUGGGCUGAGAUUGGAAGGGAUCUAGGAUACAGCGGAAAGAUCAUGUCUUCACUAUCGACAUCGCUUAAGAAUUCGUUUGAUAAAUGGCUCACGCCAUAUGAGAAUUACCUACGGCAAGCCAAGCCUGGCGUUUACCAGCAACUUGAGUACGAAUAUGGUGGUCCGUUAACCCCUAGCCCAGCACCCAGCCCGUUAAAGCGAUCAACUGUCAAUACUCCGUCAAGCCUAAGGGCCGAAUCGCCUGCUCGGCACGCCAGUGACAUACUCCAGCAGAGCUUAAAUGUUCCGAAGCUGGAGAAUGACCGCGACACGAUUAUGGCUGACACACCUCCGGUCACUUCGCAGCCUACGUCCGGUGGCUUUACAGCUAUCAAUUCAGGCUUUACACCGGUAAACAGCGGAUUCACAAGCGUCAAUCGACCUACUCCAACAGAUCCGAAAGGUUUCACGCCACCACCAAAGCAUCAUGGUAGUCCUCUCUUGUCUGCGAAAAAUACGCCAGAUUUCCGGCCAUCUGUGCUCGGUCCUGCUACCUCUUUAAAGCGCCAGCUCAGUUCAGAUAGUCUAGACUCAACAAGAAGAGACAAUGGGACCGAUAAAGAUGACUCAGAGAGUGGCAGCAGGAGGAGUAAGCGAUUGAAAAAAGAAACCGUUCCAACCGUUGCUGGAUCGCAUAUGUCGGUGUUCCGACCCUCUGCCCCAAAGAUACCAUCACCCCGGGACGAAUCGUCCAACCCUAGCGAGAAAUGUGAGGUCUGCGGCAAAGGCGAAGAGUCAGGGUUUAUUGCCAUAUGCGAGUCAUGCGACCAUGGAUACCAUGGUACUUGCUUGGAUCCCCCUAUCAAGCAAAAACCGGCUGGCGAAUGGAAUUGCCACAGAUGCCUUGUCGGAGAUGGACAAUUCGGCUUUGAGGAAGGCGGAUUAUAUUCGCUGAAGCAAUUCCAAGAAAAAGCCGCGGAUUUCAAGCAGGGAUAUUUUGAAAACCGUCUGCCGGUCGACCCAAUGCUGAAUUGUUCCAGACCAGUAACCGAAGAUGAUGUGGAGAAGGAAUUCUGGAGACUCGUUGCUAGCACGGAAGAAACGGUUGAAGUCGAAUACGGCGCAGAUAUUCAUUGCACUACCCAUGGUUCCGGUUUCCCGACCGCCGAACGCAACCCAUGCGAUUCGUACGCUUCCGAUCCCUGGAACUUGAAUGUUAUGCCCUUGCAUUCUGAGAGUCUCUUUCGCCAUAUCAAGACCGAUAUCUCAGGCAUGACCGUUCCUUGGGUGUACGUCGGCAUGAUAUUCUCGACCUUUUGCUGGCACAAUGAGGAUCACUUCGCGUAUUCGGUGAACUAUCAGCAUUUCGGGGCCACCAAGACAUGGUACGGCAUUCCUGCUGAAGAUACGGAGAAGUUUGAGAAUGCUAUGAGGGAGGCAGUUCCGGAACUUUUCGAGACGCAACCCGACCUCUUGUUCCAGCUUGUUACUCUUUUAACCCCUGAACAUCUUAAGAAAGCAGGCGUCCGCGUCUAUGCUCUGGAUCAAAGGGCAGGUCAACUGGUAAUCACCUUUCCUCAAGCCUAUCAUGCGGGCUUUAAUCACGGAUUCAACUUCAACGAAGCUGUGAAUUUCGCGCCGUCAGACUGGGAGCCAUGUGGGCUUGCUGGUGUAGAGCGGUUACAGCAAUUUCGGCGACAACCAUGCUUUUCGCACGACGAGCUGCUAUGGACAGCGGCGGAAGGAACUAGCUCAGGACUGACAAUCCAGACUGCAAAGUGGCUUGCGCCAGCACUCGAGAAAAUACACAAACGAGAAAUCGAACAGCGAGACGAAUUCAUUGCGAAGCACCUCGAGGACAAUCAUAAGCCCUGCGCGCUAAAAUCUGAGGAUGGAGCUUGCUCUCUUGAAUUCGAAGUUGUAGACGAAGAUGUUGCCGAGGAAGAGUACCAAUGCGCCUAUUGCAAGUGUUAUGCUUACCUGUCAAGAUUCAAGUGUCUCCAAUCUGGAAAAGUCCUAUGCAUUCAGCAUGCCGGACAACAUGCCUGUUGCGACAUGGCCGAAUCCGAACGUUUUGCUGGUGAUCAGCACAAACUAUAUUUCCGCAAGACUAACGACGAGCUUAACGAGACAUACCACAAGGUAGCUGAUAAAGCUAAUUUACCGGGGGCUUGGGAAGAUAAACUUGAGAAAUUGCUUGACGAAGGAGGGAAACCAGCGCUGAAAUCGCUGCGAAACCUCCUUAGUGAGGGAGAACGAAUACCGUACGACCUCCCCUCCUUGCCAGCGCUCAGGGAAUUCGUUGACCGUUGUAACGAGUGGGUCGAAGAGGCGACUAAUUAUACGGUGCGAAAACAGCAGAACCGCCGUAAAAAUGACAAGGUCUGGCAGAGUGGCUUGCGAAAGUCCAUCGGCAAUUCUUCCCAGGAGCAUCGAGAACGCGAGCUCCGACGAGUCGCAAAUAUCUACCGCCUGAUCGAUGACGCCGCGCGUAUAGGCUUCGAUUGCCCCGAGAUUCAGCAACUGCAAGAACGUGCCAACGCUAUCAGGGCCUUCCAGAAGAAUGCCGAGCAGUUCUUAGAGCGCGGUUGCGGUCAAGAAUCGAUCGAGGAAUUGAUAGAAGAGGGCCGUGCUUUUAAUGUGGAUAUGCCCGAGCUUGAUAAGCUUUCCGAGAUCUUAGAGCAGACGAAGUGGAAUACUAAAGCCAAGGCGAACAGGGGGAUCUUCCUCACCCAGAAAGACGUCAAGGAGUUGCUCGAUGAAGGUCGCCGACUAGAAAUUGCAGCUUACAACGACAACAUGAGAUAUUUCGGAGACAAGUACCAGGCAGGUAUCCAAUGGGAGGCCAAAGCGAAGGAACUCAUUAACGCCGAGAUUGUGCAUUACCCUCAGCUCGAAGCCCUCUCAAAUCAAGUACAAGUCAACGGGCUGCCCGUAACGUCGGAAACUCUAGAUGCGGUCGAUCAGAUUCUGCAUAAGCAGCGAGAAGCUCAUCGCCAAAUUAUUGAUCUGACGGAACGGUCAAAAGAGCCUGACUAUACGAAAAGACCAAAAUACACAGAGGUAGUCGAGAUAAUGAAAAAGUUAGAAGACCUAAACUCUAAGCCGACUGGAACACUUGAUCUGGAAAAAGAACAGAGGCGUCAUGAAGAUUGGAUGCGGAAGGGGAAGAAACUGUUCGGCAAGACGAAUGCACCCCUUCACAUUCUCAAGUCUCAUAUGGACUAUGUGCUGGAGCGCAAUAAUGCCUGCUUCGACAUUCGUAACGAUACGCCUCGUUUACCCGCUGAGCCAGCAUCAAGAGCAGCUAGUGAGGAGAGGGAUCCCAAGGCGCCCCGUGGUUGGGAUCCGAAUGACCCGGCUCUGGUAGAAGUAUUCUGUAUCUGCCGCCGUGUUGAGGCUGGCAUGAUGAUCGAAUGCGAACUAUGCCAUGAAUGGUACCAUGGGAAAUGCCUAAAAAUUGCUCGCGGCAAGGUCAAGGAGGAUGAUAAGUAUACCUGCCCGAUCUGCGAUUGGAGAGUCAAGAUUCCUCGGGACGCCGCACGUCCUAAGCUAGAAGACCUCAUUGCUUGGCAGGAGGAGAUUCCAGGUUUACCCUUCCAACCUGAAGAGGAGGAAGUGCUAAAGAACAUAAUCGACAAUGCACAGAGGUUUAGGAUUCACAUUCAGGCGUUUUGCAACCCAGUUCUUACGACGGCAACAGAAGUCGACACUCAGCGAUUUUAUCUACGAAAAAUAGAAGGCGCUGAGAUCCUGUUGUCUAUGGAGACUAACUUUUUCCGUCAGGAGUUGCACAAAUGGAGCCCCGUAGCACCCGAGCCGCCACCUGUCCUCGAGGUUUCUAAGAGUACUCGAAAGCCACGGCCGACCAAGUUGCAAAAGAUGCUUGCGCAGUAUGGUGUAGAAGACCCCGAAGACCUCCCGGAGAAUAUGAAAAGCAAGGCGAACAGUUUAAAGCGCAAAGCCAUGAAUGCCGAGGCAGCUGCUGCUGCCGCUGCCGCUGCCAUGGGUACAGGAUCGUCGGGCUCUGGCCAUGUUCCUCCAAACUCAACAAGUCCAUCCGCCCAUUCGUUUGGCUCUAGCAGUCAUCCUUUCUUCCGCAGCCCCCAGCCUUCCACUCCGGCCUUGAUAGGCGCUUCUCAUGCACACCCACCACAACGGUCCACCUCAGUAUCAUCUAGCAGGCCCGGGUCGUCCCUUCGACCUGACACUAUGGACAUGGGUAGCUCUGCGGGUCUCCAUCCAGACUUUUUCAUGUCUGCUAGUAGCAAUGGAGGACCUCGGCUAUCCGCUCUAGACCCUGCUAUGAGUAUAGAAGAGCGGUUACUACGUGGGCCGGAGGAUGACUUGAAUCUGCACACAGAUGUCGGCAAGGAUAAGGCGCUUCAAAUACUUCGCCUGACUGACACGGGACGUAAAAGAGCUGAGGAGAUUUUCGGACCGGAUGUAUGGAGUCACAGUCGUGAUGAUGCCGUGUUCACGGGUAGAUCUAGCAUCGUCCAAGCCCAACAAGAAGAUAAAGAUGUCGAUAAGAUGUUUUCGGAUCUCACUAAUGCCGACGAUGACGACGAAACGAAGAGGGAACGGCAACGGGAAAAGGAACGAAUGAGUGUCACAGCCGAUAGCUUCGAAGCGGAGCGUAACGCGAUGGACAUGGAAGAUUCCGAUUAAAAAAGACUGGUCGAAACUUUUCGAAAUUACCAUUGCGUUGGAAGGCUCAUAUUUGAUUUAACGGAUAUGGUUGUGCCUGAUAAUCGAUGCAAAAUACUUUGCCAGCAUGAGGUCUUCUAGGAUUGGCGUAUGAGCCAUGAAACAUUGCCACGGCGUACUGGGUUGUGUCUAUUUGCUUCAUUCAUCGUCGCAAUACAAAAGCAGGCAUGUGAGGGAGGUUGCUACGCAUCACAUAUAGAGGCGUUAUUACGGUUUAGGUUGCAAACGAAAAUUUCCAUUCACCAUGUACUACUACGAGCCCAUCUCGAGCUUGAAGAAUUCCGAUUGCACAACAAUGCAUUAGAUAGGCGUUUUUGUUCAGGUCACAAUACGGUAUACCUCGGUCGAUUUCAAUGGAAAGGGAUUAGGAGGAGGGACCGAUACCUUAUUUUGCUUGCUUUACCCUGCCUGCCUAUCAGGUAACUAGGUAGAUAGCUAUUUGAAUUACGAAGCUAGCUAUUAUUUAUUCAAAGUUCUUGUCAUG